AUGGGUCACCAACCUCAUAACGAGGCUGUCGGUUACUCUUUCUCGCAGUCUCAGACUGCUGCACCCAACAAAGAACAUUCGUUUUAUCCGUAUACCGACAACGGUGGCUCCACCCUAGGUAUCACAGGUGCGGAUUUUGCUAUCCUUGCUGGUGAUACUCGUUCAGUUGCAGGUUAUAACAUCAACUCUCGUUUUGUUCCCAAGGUCUUUAAGAUUGGCGGUGAUGAUGAAACUGGCGAUGGUGCUCAUAUUCUUCUAUCGGUUGUGGGCUUCGCUGCAGACGGUCAAGCUCUCAAAGAACGGCUAGAUGCAGUGGUGAAGAUGUACAAGUACCAACACGGAAAAGCUAUGUCUGUCGGAGCAUGUGCUCAGCGAUUGUCGACUAUUCUUUAUCAAAAACGAUUCUUUCCCUACUAUGUGCAUGCUAUCUUGGCAGGCCUGGAUGAUGAGGGUAAAGGGGCAUUGUACAGCUACGAUCCUGUCGGCUCAUACGAGAGAGAGCAAUGCCGAGCGGCUGGGUCUGCAGCCAGUUUGAUUAUGCCAUUCUUGGAUAAUCAAGUCAACCUGAAGAACCAGUACAUCCCUGGAAGCGGCGAAGGACAUGCUCUUGAAGCGAGGAACCCGGAACCAUUACCCAGGGAGACAGUGGAACAGCUGGUACGAGAUGCAUUUACUAGUGCAGUGGAGAGACACAUCGAGGUUGGAGAUGGCUUACAAACGAUGAUUAUCACGAAGAAUGGAAUAGAAGAGAUCUACACUCCGUUGAAAAAGGACUAG